AAACUGUCUGAGCGAUAUGAUCUGAAGGAGAGCCGCGAGCUGGGUCGGCCGCCCCAUUUCACGCAGACAUUGGUUUCAGCAGUAGCUGCUUGUGGUGACGAAGCUAGGUUCGAAGGAAUUGUUACCGGGUGGCCAACACCGGAAGUGACAUGGACAAAGGAUGGUAUCCCGCUUUCCAAGACAACCAGUCCAGAGCUGAUUUUUUCGAGCAUCGGUGGGCGUGUGUCACUAUCCUUUCCUGCGGCGCAACCUGAGCAUGCCGGCAAGUACAUGUGCACGGCCAAAAAUGCGUCCGGCGUCGCAACUUCCAGUGCUCAGCUUGUCGUUAGACCACGAACUGUUGCGCCAGACUUUGUGCGCCGAUUAAUCAGCGAAGAAGUAGCAGAAUCUGAAACACUGAAAUGGACGGUCCAGGUGACUGGCGACCCAGUACCAAAAGUCACCUGGCUGAGGGACGGACAGAUCAUACCGAAUUGCGAUGAAAUUCGUCUGAUUGACGAGGGCAACGGUGUGCACACGAUGGUUAUUGUCCGGGUCAAAAUGGCCGACAGUGGCCAGUUCACAUGCCUUGCGGAGAAUAUCGCCGGCGAAGCGCGUAGCACUGCAGAUCUUGUGGUGCGGCCUGCAGACUCCGAGCCUGGCAAUUAUUUCCAUGUAACAAAGGUGACUCAGGAGAAGCAAAUAAAGGGCGAAGAAGUGAACCGAAACGAAAGUUUUGCAAUCGAAAAUCCGCGCAUGUCAUCCGCUGGCAUGCAGUGA